AUGGUACCUAACUUUUUUCCAACACCUACCCAUCUCCCAAUUGUCUCCUACAUCCUCCCGUCUCCCGUCUCCCGUCUCCCGUCUCCCGUCUCCCGUCUCCCGUCUCCCGUCUCCCGUCUCCCGUCUCCCGUCUCCCGUCUCCCGUCUCCCGUCUCCCGUCUCCCGUCUCCCGUCUCCCGUCUCCCGUCUCCCGUCUCCCGUCUCCCGUCUCCCGUCUCCCGUCUCCCGUCUCCCGUCUCCCGUCUCCCGUCUCCCGUCUCCCGUCUCCCGUCUCCCCAUUUUCCCAUUCCCCCAUUUUCCCAUUUUCCUGUCUCCAAUUUUCAAGUCUCUACAUUGUCUUUUGCUCCCUUUUUGAUUUUUCACAACUGUUUUCUGUCGUUUUUUCCUGAUCUCUUUUAUCUCCUUCACCACAUAUUUGUUGUUCCAUUUUAA